UGCUGUGUUCCCGUCAGCGUUUACAUAACAAGGAACUGUGGUCAAGCAAGUUCUAUUUUUACCAAAACAUUUAUUUAGAUUUAUUCAGAUAAAUAGUCCAGUGCUUCUGGUAACUCAUGGGCACAUCAAUGCAGGUUUGUAAUAAUUCACCAAUGAUAUCUAUCUUGUUCCAGUAACUCUGUUUUGCACGUGACGUGGUCAUGUGAUUAUGUGUGUAGUUCAGGUUGGCAGGAGAGAGAACAUAUUUGUUCAGUUUCAGUGAUGGUGGCCAAGAGAUGUGUAUUACUCCUGCUGCUCAACAUCUUCUACGCCUUUUCUCAAAUUCCCCACGACAUUAGCUAUGUCGUGGGGUGCUUUGAGAAUGGGACAACUGAAGUGCAGUUUGAAUUUGACGCCGAGGAGGUUUUAUACGUGGAUUUUGAAAGACAAGAGGUUGUAUACACUGUUCCCAAAUUUCUUGUGCUUGACCCAACUAAGUUAUUUGAGAAUAUGCAUGUAUAUAACAAUGCUAUGAAAGCCAAGAGGGCGUGUAAACCACUUGUAGAAUUUAUGAAGGUAGAGGAGAAGAAGCCACCAGAGGAGAAAGACCCCCCUGAGAGCAUCCUCUACCCUGCAGAAGACGUUCAGUUUGGAGUUGAAAACAGCCUCACCUGCUUUGUGAAUCAUUUCUACCCACCUUAUAUAAAAGUCAGCUGGACUAAAAAUGGCCGUCCGGUGUCUGAGGGGGUGUCACUCAGCCGAUAUUAUCCCAAUAAUGAUCAGACCUUCCACCAGUUCUCAACCCUGACGUUCACACCGAUGGAGGGCGACAUGUACAGCUGCACUGUGGAGCACUCAGCCCUGGACAGCCCUAAGACAAGGAUCUGGGAACCUGAAUCGACUCCUCCCGGUCUUGGACCAGAUAUUUUCUGUGGAGUGGGUCUGACUGUGGGCUUGGUGGGAGUUGCAGUUGGAACAUUUUUAAUGGUUAAAGGACACCAUAGACAGUAAUUUCUGUUCUAGAGAGAUCAUACACAUGAAUUUUACAUAAACAAUCAGUUUGGAGAGGUAUGAAUAUCAAUGCUGCAGUGGUUAUUUCUAUUUAUGGCAACCAACUGAACACCACUCGCAUCUGUUUUAAAACCAGGGAGUGCAGCAUCUGUAGAUAAAAAUGUCUCAUUCUAAGGCAACAAAAACAUAACGAUUUCUAUAUUCAGGUGAUUAUACACUAAUGAAAACAUACCUAGGAAUAUUAUAUUCUGUUUCUGCCAAUAGAUCCUCUUAAAUGUGACACGCUGGACCUUCAAAUACAGAGUUUAAGUGUGGAGAACACAUUCGUCAACAAAAUAUUUCCUCACCACACACAAAGAAGAAAUACACAACUAAACAGUUCAUGUGUAGUUAGUAGAUGUGGACGGACCUUAAUACACAUUACGUGACAGACUAAUUUAUCUUUAAAGUGAGACUGUAAUCACAUUCUUCCUCUUGAAUAAUAAAUGCUGAAUUUAUAAGCAAAACACCCUUUCUCAACUCAGUACUCUCUGGGAUGUUGCUGCUACAGUCUAGUAGUUUAUGGUGGUUUUCAUUAGCUAUCUUUAAAUAGACAGAUGUCGUAUAACGGACAUUACCAAGUUCACUGAUUGUCUUUUUACUUGUGCACGAUUUAAAACAUUUCAUUUAUCCUGGUGUCACCAGUUGAGUGGGUUCGCUUUAAAUCAACACCAGGCUGUCCCUGAUGUUUUCUGUUAUGAUGACGAUGAGGCUCAUGGCUUCGACUACAGUGAAGUAAAAUUUUCAGAAAAGUUGCAUUGAUUGGACAAAAUUUCAAGGUCACACAGAAUUCACAGGGAUUGGUUGAAUGUGCAUCAAGUUUUGAUCUAGAGAGAAUCUGCAUCUGCAGCCUUUGGCUUUACAAUUGUGCCGUACUGUCCAAAAUCAGGAAAUAUAGUAAUCUACUUUUUAUUACAAGAAGCAUUUUUUGAUUUACACAUUGAAUGUGAAAGAGCUUUAUGAACUGAAUUAAAUAUUUUAUCUAAUUUAUCUUAUAUUUAAUUCAUUGGUGGUUCUGUUCUGCCUUCUAUAUCUUUACAGUGUUUUAAUUCAAACGUUACCAUGUAACACUGUCUGUCAGGUUCACUGUUAUCUGUAACCUUGAUAUGAUAUAUAUAUAUAUAUAUAUAUAUAUAUAUAUAAAAUAUUGAGGUUUAUACACUCAAUACUUAUACAUUAUUUUACUUUUGUAUAAAAUAUCCUUUUUUAAUUUUCAGUUUUAAUAUUAAUCAGGUAUUGUCAGUGAGAUUAAGAUCUAUUUUGCAAGAGUGACCUCAGUACAACAAUAUAACAGCAAAAUAACAAAAGCAGAUAUAACAUCAGAGACAGUCACAGAUAUCAUAGUGACGUGAUGUUAAAGUUUAAAAUCAGCCAGUGAGAUAAGACAUUUUAGUUUUAAAAUAAUCUGUAAUUUAUUCCAUUUAUAAAGGUGGAAAUGAGUGGAGGGCAGUCUUCAGUAUGUUCUAGUAUGACCCACAGGGGUGAGAUCUGGUUUUUGGUGAGCAGUAGUUUUUAAUUAUAGAAGAAAAGUGAUUUACUGAGGCUUCUUUUGCAGGAGAUAUAAAUUAAAAUGAUUGAAUGUAGUUGUCUUCAGCAUGCAAGUACGCAGUGGUGAACAUGAUAUUUCUGUAAUCAAAGGCAAAGCAUGAAUGAGAAUAAAUUAUAUCUCAAAAAGCA